AUGCGCAACCUUUCCCAGGACAACCAAGAGUAUCUCCAGGAACAUCUCUCCAGAUCAGCAAGAUGGACACGAUUUCUGUCCCCAUUCAGCACAGAAAGAUGCAAUACUAUCAUUCACCAAGCCACAGAAAGUCAAAGGGACUCCCAGGCAGUGCCUGAUGUCAAGGUAAGGUGAUUUCCCCCGGCACAGCUGCCAGGCUCGCUGGCUGUCCCGAAGCUCCUCAGCCUGCUUUCCAGCUCGCUCGGCAGCCCCGCGCGGCUCUUCUCUCACCUUCUUCGGCGACCCCCGCCUGAAGCUCCCCACCGGCGCCCCGACUUGUCCUCCCAGCUGCCCGCGCUUCGGGCCACCGGCCUCCUGCAAGGCCCCGAGCCGCUGCGCCGCCGCCCCUGGCUCCUGCUUGGAGCCGCACUGGCACUGUCGGGCGCAGCCCCGGGGGGGUGUCCGCUGGGGCUGGCCCCCCGGGUUGCCAAGCCCGCCAAGGAAGACCCCAGCGUCGGGCAGAGUUCGCCCAUGCCUCCCAUGGGAUCCGAAUGCUCCGAGAUGGGGAAGCAGCAGAUGUCCACUGUGCAGGAGCCACUGGGAUCUGGACCAGGCCAGCCUGGAGUGGGGAGUCGGGACUCUAAUGCCUGCUGCUUCUGCUGGUGUUGCUGCUGUAGCUGUUCAUGCCUCACUGUUAGAAAUCAGAGACCUACAGGAACUUCCCACGAAGUCAGGACUAACUUUCCAAUCUGUGAGGAAAGCGCCACUCCUACCCUGGAAGAAGUCAGCGCCUGGGCUCAGUCAUUUGACAACCUCAUGAUCACUCCAGCGGGAAGAAAUGCUUUCCGCGAAUUCCUCCGAACAGAAUUCAGUGAAGAAAAUAUGCUUUUCUGGCUGGCCUGUGAAGAACUGAAAAAGGAAGCUAAUAAAAGCAUUAUUGAGGAGAAAGCAAGGAUAAUAUAUGAAGACUAUAUUUCUAUUCUUUCUCCUAAAGAGGUCAGCCUGGAUUCUCGAGUAAGAGAAGUCAUCAACAGGAACAUUGGGGAGCCAUCCCCACAUAUAUUUGAUGAUGCACAGCUCCAGAUUUACACCCUAAUGCACAGAGACUCGUAUCCUCGAUUCAUGAACUCAGCUCUCUAUAAGGAUUUGCUUCAGUCUUUAGCUGAGAAGUCAGCUGAAGCAUAGGUGACCUCAACUUUAUUUAUGAGUAAUAAAACAAGAACUCAUGGACUACGUGUAGUACAGGGAAUGUAGAAAUAGUACUCUCUUCAGCUGGAGUAAUACUUGAGCUACUUUAAUAAUAGGCUUCCCUCUUUGCUGUGAAAGACAACUGUCUGUCCACAGGGGGAAAUG